GCCAUGGCUCACUGGCAGCCUCCUUCGAUGUGGGCCUGGCCUGUUUGAAGUUGGAAGUGAGCCGUUUUAUCAUCUGUUUGACGGGCAAGCCCUUCUCCAUAAGUUUGACUUUAAGGAAGGCCGGGUCACGUAUCAUAGAAGGUUCAUCCGCACGGACGCCUACGUGAGAGCCAUGACGGAGAAAAGGAUCGUCCUGACGGAGUUCGGCACCUGCGCCUUCCCGGAUCCGUGCAAAAACAUCUUCUCCAGGUUCUUUUCUUACUUUCGAGGCGUGGAGGUCACCGACAAUGCCCUGGUGAACGUCUACCCCGUGGGGGAAGAUUAUUACGCCUGCACCGAGACCAACUUCAUCACCAAGAUCAACCCGGACACUCUGGAGACCAUCAAGCAGGUUGACCUUUGCAACUACGUCUCAGUCAAUGGUGCAUCGGCUCAUCCCCACAUCGAAAAUGAUGGAACUGUUUAUAAUAUUGGCAACUGCUUUGGAAAGAACUUUUCUCUUGCUUACAACAUUGUCAGGAUUCCUCCCCUACAAGCAGACAAAGAAGACCCAAUAAACAAGUGUGAGGUGGUCGUCCAAUUUCCCUGUAGCGAUCGGCUGAAACCAUCUUACGUCCACAGCUUUGGGCUGACUCCAAAUUACAUCGUUUUUGUAGAAACACCCGUCAAAAUUAACUUGCUCAAGUUCCUUUCCUCCUGGACCCUAUGGGGAGCCAACUACAUGGAUUGCUUUGAGUCCAAUGAAACCAUGGGGGUGAGCACCAUCCUCGCUAAGCCAAGUACUCUGGGAGAGUUGUCCCAAGGGCACCUUCUAACUCUUUUCCCAUUUUCCAAGGUGUGGCUUCAUGUAGCUGAAAAAAAACAAGGCAAGUACCUCAACAACAAAUACAGAACAUCCUCUUUUAACCUCUUCCAUCACAUUAACACAUAUGAAGAGGGCAACUUCCUGAUUGUGGAUCUCUGCUGCUGGAAAGGAUUUGAAUUCGUUUAUAAUUACUUGUAUUUAGCCAAUUUACGAGAGAACUGGGAGGAGGUCAAAAGAAACGCCAUAAAGGCUCCUCAACCUGAAGUUCGGAGAUAUAUCCUUCCUGUGGUUAUUAACAAGGCCGACACAGGCAAGAAUCUGGUGAGUUUGCCCAACACCACAGCAGCUGCUAUUCUCCGUAGUGAUGGGACCAUCUGGCUGGAGCCCGAGGUCCUCUUCUCUGGGUCCCGCCAAGCUUUUGAGUUUCCCCAAAUCAAUUAUCACAAGUACAGUGGGAAACCCUAUACAUAUGCCUAUGGACUGGGACUGAACCACUUUGUUCCAGACAGGCUUUGUAAGCUGAAUGUCAAGAGCAAAGAAACAUGGGUGUGGCAGGAGCCAGACUCCUAUCCGUCCGAGCCCAUUUUCGUGUCACAUCCAGAUGCCCGUGAAGAAGAUGAUGGAGUGGUUCUGAGUGUGGUGGUGAGCCCCGGGGUGGGGCAGAAGCCCGCUUACCUCCUGGUCCUCAACGCUAAGGACAUGAGUGAAGUCGCCCGGGCCGAAGUGGAAAUCAACAUCCCGGUCACCUUCCAUGGGCUGUUUAAAAAGUCUUGAUUCCAGGUCACCUUUCCCCACCAUCAAGACCCCCAGUGACCUGGUCCUGUGGUCUCCCUUGUCUUUACCACAAGCUCCUAGAAUGCCCAAAGCUUUCCAGACAAUGCUGGGGGUAUCAUAUGGUGCUGGGCACAUUACUGCCCUCAAAAAGACCACCCGUGGAGAUCCCUCCCCAAACGCCCCCUUGAACAGACUCGAUUGGACACAUUUAGAUGGACAUCAUUAAAAUGAUUCCAGAUACAAAAA